GCGUCGCCGUCUGGACUGACUUCGACUCGUGAGCUCACAUUGACACACCGAUGGUUGAUGUGUACGAUGACUUCCCCGAUCCCCAGUCCUUCACCAGCGCGCAGCCAGAGCAAUCUUUCGGGCACAGCCCCGUCUGUGAUCAACAGCCAGAACAAUCCGGCUUCUACAGUAUCAAGUUCGCAACAAUCUACUCUAGUAGGAGUUAGAACUGCUAGGGGAAGCGAUGCAUUUCACGCGGCUAUACAGAAGUUUAAAGCACGAUUGUCAGGCCCACACUUGACAGAAUUCAAAAACAUGACGUACGACGACCUUUGUAGCACAAUUUUACAAAUCCAGCAAGAGCAGGAAGAGAACAAGAAGAUCAUGAACCUAUCACGUAUACAAUCAUGUUUAGAAGCCAUGCAACAAUUUGGCAAGACUGUCGAAGUCUUUUUGAAUACAGCCGAUAUGCUAGCCUUCAUAUGGGGUCCCAUCAAGUUCCUUCUUUUGACUGCGAGCAAUUUCGCGGACUCCUUUGAGACACUUCUUGACGCUUAUGAACACAUCGGAGAACAAUUGCCGCUGCUGCAGGACUACGAGGAUCUUUUUCAUGGGAGCCCAUAUAUGUUGCACGUACUUGAGUUGAUGUACCUGGAUAUUCUCGGAUUUCACCAACAUGCCUUGAAAUUCUUCUCGGGAAAGUUAUGGCAUAGGUUUUUCCGCUCGAUGUGGAAAGAUUUUGGUACAAGAUUUGACGGUAUUCUCAAAAGUCUUCGCCGUCACAAGGAACUUGUAGAAAGCCGUGCCACAAUUGCGCAAUAUCGAAGAUACAAGGAAGAUGUUACAGAGCUUAAAAAGAAAAUAGAAGAGUUGAUUCUGCAAGAGCGAAUGAAGAAAAUGAAGGCAGUGAAAGAGUGGCUUGCUGUUGGUUCGAGACCGCAGCAAGAUCAUGCAGGAUUCCAAAGGAUCCGAGCUGAGUUUCCUAGUACUGGGCGAUGGAUUAGCAAGCAUGAAUAUUUUAAAGAAUGGCUAGGCAUGGAUGUACCCCCUACGCCAAUCAUUUGGUUAUUCGGUAUACCUGGAGCUGGAAAAACCGUUCUCACCUCGAAUAUUAUCGAAGAUUGCAAGAACAAGACCGGGUUUCGAACUAGCUACUUUUACUGCCAUCAUGAGGAUCAAUCGGCAAAUACUGCCGUGGGCGUUCUCAGAGGGCUGGUAGAUCAGUUGUUGGAUGAGUAUCCCUCCCUUCUUCCACAGUGUUACACCAGACAGACCACCAGCGGCGAGCCUUCGCUACGAUCUUUGCCGCUUGCGAAAAAGCUCAUGGAAGAUUUCUGCGCCACGGUCCCCAAAAUGUUCCUAAUCAUCGACGGCAUAGAUGAAUGCGAGCAGAUGGAGCGAAAACAACUGUUGGAGUUCCUGAUGGGUAUUGUUAGUCAAGCCGAUAACGAUGAGCCAGGAAAGCUCCGCGUGCUUUUUGUCAGCCAGGAGUACGCAGACAUCAAAAGGGUACUUCAUAGCUCAUCUGCAACACGAGUUGUCCCGAAAUCUGUAUCCUUGUUACAGCAGAAAGACAACGAGGGUGAUAUCCAGACGUAUGUCAAAGGCUGGGUUGACCGUAUUGCGAACCAGCACGCUCCUUUCGAAGCAGAAUUGGUUGACUACCUUCGUAAUCUGACUAUUUCGCGGGCAAAAGGCAUGUUCCUGUACGCCAAACUGGUAAUGGAAAAUCUGUAUCACCAACCUACAAGAGGUGACCUUAUGAACGCCAUUAAACAUGAGAAUUUCCCCGAUGGGUUGAAAGGUGCCUACGAGAGAAUCGUGACACGUAUCAGAGCAAGCUCGCAUCCAGAGGAGUGGCAAAAAGCUAAAAAGCUACUGGGUUGGAUGGUUUGCUGUAAACGCCAGUUGACUUGGAAGGAGAUACAAGUCGCGCUCUCUAUCGACGGCGAAGAGCAAUGUAUUGAUUGGGAUGAUCGCAGACUUCGAAAACACAUACACGAUAUAUGUGGCUCUCUGGUCAAGGUUGAUGACGAUCGUGUAUCUCUGGUGCACAGUACCGCGAAAUAUUAUAUCACGCAAUGCACUCAGGACAUACACCGACCUUCAGUAGAGUGCGAGCUGGCUACUCUCUGUCUCCAAUAUUUAGUAUUCCCGUGUUUCAGCGUUGAAAACAACGUCGACGAAAACACACUUCGCCAGUCGAUGAUCGAAGGCUACUUCGCAUUCCAAGAUUAUGCCAUUGCCAAAUGGUUCUAUCACAUCAACGCCUUUGUCGAAAGCGGAAAAGACUUCCUGGAGUGUGGAAUAGCUGUAGAAGACCACCUCGACGCGAUAUCCGCUGCAAUCGACACAUUCCUCGACCAAUACCACACAGAAAACUUCCACGACAACAUUGUCGACGAAUGCCGCACAAAAUGCCAAAUUUUCCAGGACCAAGACUUCUACGAAGACCUGGUGGCGCUAACCAGCCAUAUAUUCCAGAAAAGCCGCUUCGACGCCAAACACAAAAUCAGCAUCGGACAGUUGGAGAAGGCUCUCGUGCGCAACCGAAAGCUCGUCGAAGACCUCCCGCCCAAACUGAAUCCCGCCGAUCUCGACAAGUUCCACCAGUUUUACGAUGGCGAGAGGCGGUACAAGUGCACGCGCAUCACUUGCAUGUACUUCUCUGAGGGCUUCAAAGACGCAAAAUCCCGCAAACGCCACGUCAACAUCCACGAUCGGCCGUUCCAGUGCGAGGUCCCAGACUGUCUUGGCGCUGAAGGCUUCGCAAACAGCAAAGACCUUGAAAAGCAUACAAGAGGGUUUCACCCUGAGAUCAGCGACCUGGCUGAUCGCUUCAACACCGUGACCGCCAAAAAGGGGAAAGCAGAUCAUACAUGCACCAUUUGUGGUAAAUCGUUUACGCGGAAUCAGAUCAAGCAGGAUCACAUGAAGAGCCAUAGAGGCGAGAGGCCACAUGAGUGUCCGGAAUGUGGGAAGGCGUUUACGCGUAAGAACGACUUGACGCGACAUCAGAAGUUGCAUAACAAACAUUGAUUUGAUUUUCAAAUCACCACGUCGGAUCUUACUUCUUGAAGUAUUCGGCUCGUGUAGCGGAUGGUGUGUGAUUUUAAUAACUUGCCA